CACACAUGCACACUUACCCCUGCCCAAGUUCCCGCGCGCCCCCGCGGCCGCCUGCGGGAGACUGAGGCGCGCUCGGCUUCCUUCCCUGCGGGUGCGGAGCGGAUCCGCUGUCGCCGGGCGGCGCUGGACCUGCGCGGGAGCCCGAAGGUGCGGCCAGCAUGGAGGCGCUGCUGCUGGGCGCGGGGCUGCUGCUGGGCGCCUACGUGCUUGUCUACUACAAUCUGGUGAAGGCCCCGCCAUGUGGGGGCAUCGCCAGCCUGCGAGGCCGCACGGCCGUGGUCACAGGCGCCAACAGCGGCAUCGGGAAGAUGACGGCGCUGGAGCUGGCGCGCCGAGGAGCGCGCGUGGUGCUGGCCUGCCGGAGCCGGGAGCGCGGUGAGGCGGCCGCCUUCGACCUCCGCCAGGAGAGUGGGAACAAUGAGGUCAUCUUUAUGGCCUUGGACUUGGCCAGUCUGGCCUCCGUACGGGCCUUUGCUACCACCUUCCUGAGCUCUGAGCCACGGCUGGAUAUCCUCAUCCACAAUGCUGGAAUCAGUUCCUGUGGCCGGACCCACGAGCCCUUUAACCUGCUGCUGCGAGUGAACCACAUCGGCCCCUUCCUGCUGACACACCUGUUGCUGCCCCGGCUGAAGACAUGCGCCCCCAGCCGUGUGGUGGUGGUUUCCUCAGCUGCCCACCGGCGAGGGCGCCUCGACUUCACACGCCUGGACCACCCAGUGGUGGGCUGGCGGCAGGAGCUGAGGGCAUAUGCCAACAGUAAGCUGGCCAAUGUCUUGUUUGCCCGGGAGCUUGCCGCUCAGCUUGAGGGCACUGGUGUCACCUGCUAUGCAGCCCACCCAGGGCCUGUUAACUCAGAGCUGUUCCUGCGCCAUGUUCCUGGAUGGCUAUGCCCACUUUUGCGCCCACUGGCUUGGCUGGUGCUGCGGGCACCAAGAGGGGGUGCCCAGACACCCCUAUACUGCGCUCUGCAGGAGGGCAUUGAGCCCCUCAGUGGGAGAUAUUUUGCCAACUGCCGAGUAGAGGAGGUGCCCCCAGCUGCCCGAGAUGACUGGGCAGCUCACCGGCUGUGGGAGGCCAGCAAAAAGCUGGCAGGGCUCGGGCCUGGGGAGGAUGCUGAACCUGAUGAAGACCUGCAGCCUGAGGACCCCGGGACCCCAUCUUCUCUCAGCAGCCCCCACCCUGAGGAGUCCACAGUUUCUGAACCUUACCCCAGCCCACAGAGUCCACCAAAUGUGUCUAAGAUCACAAACCGAAUUCAGAUUAAAGCUGAACCUGAGCCCCAAGCCUAAA